AAGGUGCUGAGACUACAAGAGAUGGAGACGGCCUCCAACACCACCUACCUGGACAGUGGCGACCACUCUCUCCCGGACCUCCACCAGUGGACGGUGUGUAUGAGGGUACGACUGCUACACCUGGCGCGCCUCAACACCCUGCUCAGCUACACCGCGGGAAGCCACUACCAGGAGAUCAUGCUGGGUAUAGACUGGCCACAGUCAGAGCUCCGGCUGGAGUGCUGCAGUUACACCGGCUUCAUGAAGGUGAAGGUGCCCCUCCGGCUUUACUUCUGGCAUCACCUGUGUGUCUCAGCUGACAUGACCACCGACCCCCAAUACAUGAUCUUCGAUACUGUGGUACACAAGGCCUCGCUGCGCCGUCCGGGGAUCACUCAAGAGAGGACGCAGAAGGUGAGGGGAGGCGGGCGGUUCCUGCUGGGACAGAACUAUAACCCAGAAGGUAUUUACACUUUCAGUGAGGCUCUUCACGGCGAUCUGGCAGACUUCAGGUUCUAUAAUGUUGCUCUGCCUCUUGAGCACUUGCAAGAAUUUGUCGCUUGCAACUCCAGCAUCGAACUGCAUUCACCACUUUAUGCAUUCGAUACAAAUAUGACAAAUUUAGACUUAAUAGGUGAUAUUAAGAUUCAUAAUAUUAGCCUGGGUGACAUCUGUUCUUCGUCUCCGGAUACAUCCAUGAUCGUUCCCGAGAGAGUAGACUUUGACCGAGCAGUGACUAUGUGUAGCUUCUUCUCUGGGGGUAUCGUCGUCCCCCGUAACAAACAAGAGAACGAGGCUAUCUAUGACAAAUUUGAAGACUUCAACAACCAUUGCGCAGAUAGUUGGGGAACGGCGUUUUGGUUCGGCUUGAGGGCAAACCUGACCAGCACAUGGUGGACAAAGUUAUCGGAUGGAGAACCAUUAGGAUGGCACCAAUUUGCUGCAGCUUGGGCCAACCCUACGGACGAGUACCAGUGUGUGGCUGUGGCUAGUAUCUUCUUUAAGUAUGUGUGGUCUGCAUCGCCCUGUGACAUCCGCCAGUGUCCAAUAUGUAACGUCACGGAAACUCACACACUCCAUUUGCGAGGACUGUGUAAACUGUCAAAGUUUGACCGAUUUUACAUACCACACGACUACUACAACAUGAAGCCAAUAUUUGAAGGCAUCUUCUUGAGCAGAAUCAUUUGGGAGAAUGAUACAUGGGUGAUAAAGAGCCGCCUGGAGAAGGCGGUGAAAGCGCAGAUGGUUAUGAAGAAGCCCGAGGAUUACCCCUUCGGCCUCAACACCUGGCACGUGCGAGGCGACACCUGUGCUCAAGAGGAGGUCGAACUUCUGUUGACAUCGUGUGACAAGAGUGACUUCACCUGCAGUGACGGCUCGUGCGUCAACAAGAGCAAGCGCUGCGACUAUAAAGUUGACUGUCCUGACCAUACUGACGAGCUCAACUGCGAGGUCAUCUCCUUCCCUGAAGGGUACUCUUCACAACUAGCUCCUCCUGCCCUAGAGUCACCGCUAUUGUCACUCAACAUCACCCUUGAUAUCACAUCGGUCAGGAAGUUUGACUUGUCUGGAUUUAGCUUCGCUGUUGACAUAAUACAAAGUAUCAAAUGGCAGGAUACGAGGCUCAUCUUACGAAAUCUCCGCACAGGAGAUUUCGUAAACAAAGCGAAGGUGAACGAGACGAUGUGGAAGCCUGAUAUUUUAGUGAGCGACGGCUCGAACAGCCCGACAGACGUGCAGCUGCGCCUGGUGAAGAUGCUGGUGAAACGUGAUUCUCGUCCACUUCCCGAUGACGACACCAACUACUCUGAAGACGAGCUGUACAGCGGGUCGGGGAGCGCGGUGCAGCUGGUGCAGCAGUACACAGUGUCAGCCACCUGUCAGUUCCUGCUGCACGCCUACCCGUUCGACUCCCAGAUGUGCUUCCUGGUCUUCUCCAUUUCUGACCAGUCCGAAGGCAACAUUCUUCUACUGCAGGAGGAGGUGGUUUUCAGCGGAGAGAGGCGGCUCCUGGAGUACCGGCUGGUGAACGAGACGUUUGUGAGCCGGGACAACGCGACAGCGUCCGUGCAGGUACGCCUCAGGUUCCAGAACCAGUACGGCUACUACAUAGGCAACGCUAUCAUACCCAGCCUCCUCAUGGUCGCCAUCUGUUACCUCACCUUUUUCUUCGACAUGGAGGACUUUACGGAUCGCAUCAUGGUGUCGUUGACGUCGCUGUUGGUUUUGGCUGCCCUCUUCACCCAGACCAGCCAGUCCAUCCCCAAGACUGCGUAUCUUAAGCUCAUAGACAUUUGGUACGUGUCUCUUAUCAUCACGGACUUCCUCAUUGUCGUCACUCUAGUGGUCAUCGAGAACCAGCGCUUGAAAGAUAACUUCCGGGGAGACUUUUCCAUUGGUGACUUUAAGAAGACCAUGAAGGUUUCACCGGCCGGGGUUGGUCGUGUCCCUGCAGGACGCCACCUGGGGAAUGGUGUGUUUAUUCCCCACAAGAAAGUGUUCAGUACAGCUGAAAAGUUCAAUACGGCGUCACAGGUGUUGUUUCCCGUGCUGACAUGUGCCGGAUGUUUUGGGUGGAUUUUCCUGCACCUGCAUCGGGCCUCCAGCGAUCACUGA